AUGGGAAGACCUCAACGCUCCGCUGCGGCGGGCCCGAGUCGACGCUCGGCGAGGGCUGCCUCCACCAUCAAGAAUGAACGCAUCACACGCAGCAGCAGAGCCAAGCACAGCUACGCGCUAGACGAUCCCGAGCAGGUCGAGCGAGAUCUCAACGCUCAACUCAAACGCAUGGGUCUCUACGCUGCCAACACCACCGGCGACGGCAACUGUCUCUUUCGCGCCCUCUCUGAUCAACUCUACGGCCACUCGGCUCGACACGCACACCUCCGACAGGAGACAUGCGAUCACCUUGCCGCUCGCCCCGACAGAUUUGCCGGCUUUGUCGACGACAAGCCUUUCGACCAAUACGUCAAGCUCAUGCGCGAGAAUGGCACCUACGGGGGACACUUGGAGCUCCACGCAUUCGCACAGAUGAAGCAGAAACAGAUCAAGAUCGUACAGCCAGGCCUCGUAUACGUGGUCGAAGGCGUCGACGACUCACCAGAAGCGAGACGGCUGCGGGACCAGAAGGAACAGGAGCGACUUCGCGUUCAGAGCAGCUUAGAGACACGCUCCGAUUCCGCGCCGCUCACAGAGAGGCAGAUGCGUAAACAGAAAAGGGACGAUGUGAAGCGCGACAAGAAACAGCCAUCCUCAGCUCCUCAGCAGGGCGAAGCAUCAACCUCUGCAUCGGCGUCGGCAGAGACGGCAACAGCAGAUGAGAGAGCCUCGAGCAGUCAAACAUCGUCCGCGGCCGCAGUCGCGACACCGGCGCCGUCUCCAGGGUCCGUCGAGGCUUCGCCGCCGCAACUUGCAGAAGCGUACGGUCCGCUCUACAUCGCGUAUCACAACUGGGAGCACUACAGCUCCAUUCGAAACAUCGAUGGUCCUCAUUCUGGACUUCCACGUAUCAAGGAGCAGAGCAUAGCAUCCGCCGGUGCUGCAGCUGCAGCCAGCGCAGACACCAAGACUCUGGCUAAGGAUGCUUCGACCAAGGCUGAGCCGACAACCGAAGAAAAGAUGGUCCUGCAGAGCAUCAGCGGGGAUCACGACCUCGAAGAAAUUCGUAGGCUGCUAGAAGAGAACCAGAAUGACUGGGCGCACGUCGUAGAGGUGAUUUUGGAGAAGGACGCCAUCAUCGACGAAGAAGAGGUCGGUGCAGAGCUCCAAGCCGUCCCGACUUCUGGCGAACAAGUCGACGGAUCAGAUCGUCUGACUGUGCCACCACUGCCGCCCCUCCCGGAUCAUAUGCGUCACUGGCGUGCCACGUCACCCUCUUCCGUCGACACCUCCGCCACUCACAGCAGCGGUGAAGGCGAUUCUCCUUCCACCACCGCCACGACCGAUGAUGGUGGCGACGCAACGGCCUGCGCUUCACCCGACUCAUCCAGCCUUUCGCGUGGUAGCACACCCGGCAUCGAAAAGCUGAGCGGCAAACGUGCCGCCUCGUCUGACGCCAUGACCAUGAGCAUGAUCCGCAGUCCCAAACGACGAUCACAGAGCAGGUCGCCCGAACUCGACGCUGCAGCGCAAUCGCAGUCUGGCGAGGGCGAUGCACAAGAUGCCGUCUCCACCUCUGUCGAUGCCAAAGCGCAGGAUGGACAAGCAGUCUACGAGAUCAUCAAACGCGGUCGAGGUCGUCCGCGCAAGGAUGGUCUUCCUAACAAGUCGACCAUCGCCAUCAAACGUCGUGUGCCCACAGCGCGCGAGAAGCGCGACGCUGCUCAGGCGCGCAAACGUGAACGUCAGCUCGAAAAGGUAGGGCGCACCCGCGCAACGAGCAGAGCGAGCGGAAGCGAAGCAGCGCCUGCCAACACCGGUCCUUCUGCGGCUGAAGUGUGCGGUUUCCGCGAGCUCAAGAUCUGA